UGAGUGUUUUUUCACGCCUCUCCGGCCAAUAUAAGGACUAGCCUCUAUUCUGACUGACCGCAAGUCGGACCAGGCAGUGGUCACUAUAUAGACACUAGGACACUUAGUAACACAAGGGUCCCUUCUGGAGAGAGAGCAAGCACUGACGUCAGGCAUGUGGAAGUUUACUCUGGGGCUCUUGACAGUGGUGUCACUCACGGCAGGUGUGUCCUGCACUCUGGAGCCCUGGGAAAGAAAGAUCAGUGACGGACUAGGGAAUGUCAACCUUGACACCUCAACAGCAAACGCCGAUGCUCAGGAUUAUUUCAUCUUUGGUCUGAAACUGGUGAUAUCAUUUUGGCAUGACCUAGCGGAAGAGUCUUUCCGUAAGGCGCAGCAGCUGGACCCUGCGUUCGCCAUGGCAUACUGGGGCGAGGCCCUGUGCAAAAAGUGGUUUCUAUGGAACAGCGACUUCCCGGACGACGCCAACGCCAUCUUGCGUCGGAUGGACGAGAACAACCCAACGAUGAACGCUCAUGAAACAAUGUACAUCGAUGCCAUACGGGCUCUUUUUAAGAAUGCCACCGACGAAAAUAUUCGCCAAAGAGAUCAAGAUUUUUCGACCAAAAUGGCGUCCCUGGUAGAGGCAUACCCAGGCGACCACGUCGCAGCCGCCUAUUACUCAAUUUCGUUACUAGAAGUCAACAAACUAGACGAAGCCAGAGACGUUUUAACCAGUCUUUUGAAGGCAGAUCCCAACCAUCCCGCCGGCCUCCAUUUUGCCUUACACGCCUUUGACUUCCAUCAAGAGGGCGUGGCGGAGAAGGGCUUGGCUGCGGCGGACAGGUAUCCCACGAUAGUCUCCCAGGCGUCGCACGGCGACCACAUGCCCGCGCACAUCUACAUAAGACUAGGGAUGUGGAAGGAAGCGGUCAAGGUAGAGAGAGUUGCCCUGAAAGCGGGGGAUGAUUUCACGAACGAGAGAAAGAACGGGAGCGACUCUUACGACAAGUGGAACCGGUAUCAUUCUCUUGAGUACUUGCAGUAUUAUCUUUUACAACAAGCCCGUUUUAAAGAAGCUGCACAAUUACUAGAGCGCAUGCGCAAAGUUGUACAGGCAAAACCAGACGAUCUUUUUUUCCGCCAGACCUGGUACAGAAUGGCUGCGCGCCAGUAUCUGGAGUCAAGAAACUAUGACGUGGGCCCGGUGAUUUUUGAUCCUCCCUCCUACGUUCCGCUGGAAAGCGACAUGUUUUGGUCUUCAUUUACGGAAGCUGGGUACCUGCAGUCUAGGGCAAUGCAAGCCAUGCAAUUAAAGUUUGCAAACGCUACACAGUUAACUAACGACGCUCUCACCCGUAUUGAUGCUCUGAUCAGUGCAACAGAACCGAAGGCGUCUUGGGAUUACGUCACCAAAGCUGUGAAGAUACUGAAACUGCAACUACAGGCAGCUAGGGAAAUCAGUGGCGGUAAAUCCCCAGAAGCUCUCAAACUGAUGCAGGAAGCUACUGGCAUCCAGGACACCAUGGUUCUGCUGCCAAGUAGCCCCACUCUCCUGUUUAUACCAACCUACGAAUUCUACGGAGACAUCAUGCACGAAUACGGCAACGAGCCAGCAACGGCCCUCUAUGUCCAGUCUCAGGCCAUGUACCCAAACAGAGCUGCCACGGUGCUCGGUUUGGCGAGAUCCUACAGGAAGGAAAAGAAAGCAUCCCAGGCUCAAGAUCAAUACAGAAAGUUACACGAAGAAAUAUGGGUGGACAGUGACACGGAGUUCGGCGCCAGGAGUGAAGUGAAAGAAGAAGCCAUGGCCUCGAGUGACGAAAUGUUGAUUUGGAUCAUACUUGGUGCUAGUUUAGGCGGCCUAUUCCUACUUAUCGUCAUAGUUGUGUUGGCGGCCUACUGCGCAAAUAAAUCCAAGAGCAAGUCUGAGAAUCAACAACUGUCGACACUGCAGCGACAACGGGAUCAGGUUUAUACAGUGGAGGGGCACGCUAAUCCCGCAUAUACCAAUUAACCUCUUUCUGAGUUGUUCCGCCGAAGACGCACAUCUGUUUAUUUGUAGAAAGUUAACUUCCUUUUGGGAGAAAAAAAAACAUGGGUUUUGAAGAAAUUGAUAAUAACCGACUGAAUUAAGCCAUUAUUGAAAAAAGGCGUUAAAGUAACUUUUAAAGAUAAAAGUAAUUUUUCCAG